UCCUUCGAGGUGCUGGUGGACUACUGCUACACGGGCCGCGUGUCGCUGAGCGAGGCCAACGUGCAGCGGCUGUACGCCGCCUCCGACAUGCUGCAGCUGGAGUACGUGCGCGAGGCCUGCGCCUCCUUCCUGGCUCGCCGCCUGGACCUGGCCAACUGCACUCCCAUCCUCAAGUUCGCCGACGCCUUCGACCACCACAAGCUGCGGGCUCAGGCCCAGUCCUUCAUCGCGCACAACUUCAAGCAGCUGAGCAGGAUGGGUAGCAUCCGCGAGGAGACGCUGGCCGACCUCACCCUGGCCCAGCUGCUGGCCGUCCUGCGCCUGGACAGUCUGGACAUAGAGAGCGAGCGGACCGUUUGUCACGUGGCCGUGCAGUGGCUGGAGGCGGCCCCCAAAGAGCGAGGGCCCAGUGCUGCCGAGGUCUUGAAGUGUGUGCGCUGGGCACACUUCACUGAAGAGGACCGGGACUACCUGGAAGGGCUGCUGACCAAGCCCAUUGUGAAGAAGUAUUGUCUGGACGCUAUUGAAGGGGCCCUGCAGAUGCGCUAUGGCGAUAUGUUGUACAAGCCUCUGGGGUCGAAGCCAAACAGCAGUGGAGGUGGCAAUAGCAGCAGCAGCAGCAGCAGCAGUAGCAGCAGCAGCAGCAACAGCAGCAGCAGCUCUGUUGUAUCUGUGGCCGAGAAGCCACCCCAGAGGCUGGGAAUGUGUGCCAAGGAGAUGGUGAUCUUCUUUGGUCACCCCAGAGAUCCCUUUCUCUGCUAUGACCCCUACUCCGGUGACAUUUACACAAUGCCUUCACCUUUGACUAGCUCGGCACACACUAAGACUAUCACGUCUUCGGCUGUCUGUGUCUCUCCAGAUCAUGACAUCUACCUAGCUGCCCAACCCAGGAAAGACCUCUGGGUGUAUAAGCCAGCCCAAAAUAGUUGGCAGCAACUGGCAGAUCGCCUGCUGUGUCGUGAGGGCAUGGAUGUGGCCUAUCUGAAUGGCUACAUUUACAUUUUGGGUGGACGAGACCCUGUCACUGGAGUCAAAUUGAAGGAAGUGGAAUGCUACAGUGUUCAGAGGAACCAGUGGGCACUGGUGGCUCCUGUACCCCAUUCGUUUUAUUCCUUUGAACUA